CUCCUCCUAGGAAAUAUUCACAGUUGUGUUGAUCUCCUCAGUUACUUCAGGCUUAUGUGAAAGGCACAACAAAUAACCCAAAGAAAAUAUCUACUGUCACAUAAGGCAUCCAGAAAGGAUUUUACCAAGAAAACAUUUUUUAGAAAUAGAGCAGCCUGCAAUCCAGGCAUUGCUACAAGAACAGCUACAAUGCAGCCAUUACCUGUUUGCUGUUCCCUGCUCCUACUGCUGCCUUUCAUAUUGUCAGCACCCUCUGUGCCCCAGCAAAGCUUCUCUCAUCAUGAAGAUUACAUUUUCGAGGGAAAACUGUUUCAACUAAACUUACAGAAGAAGGCACAAACAAUUGAGAGAAAUGAGCUUACAGUGGUAUCUAAAGACAGAUUUAAACGAGAUGAGGCCAGCAGCAACAGAACCAAAACAGAGGAUGUAGAUUUACCUACAUGCCUCCUUUGUGUUUGUUUGAGUGGGUCAGUUUAUUGUGAAGAAACAGACAUUGAGGAAGUGCCACCUUUGCCCAAGGAAACAGCGUAUCUUUAUGCACGCUUUAACAAAAUUAAGAAAAUCACAGCAAAAGACUUUUCUGAUUUUCCUACCUUAAGAAGAAUUGACCUAACUGGAAAUUUGAUAGAAGAUAUUGAUGACAAGGCUUUUGAGAAGUUACCUUUACUAGAACAGCUCAACCUUGCUGAAAACAAACUUACAAGAAUUCCAGCUUUACCAACAAAAUUAACAGUAUUUAACGUCAAUGAUAACCAAAUUAAGAGUAAAGGAAUUAAAGCCAAUGUAUUCAAGAAACUUACCAGUUUAGCCUACCUUUACUUGGCUAACAACCAGCUUGAAAGUGUACCACAGAACCUACCAGAGAGUUUAAAAAUCCUUCACCUACAGCAAAAUAACAUAACUUCCAUCACAGAUGACACGUUCUGCAAAUCUAAUGACACACGUUACAUUCGGAACCACAUGGCUGAGAUCAGAAUGGAAGGAAAUCCAGUAAUAUUAGGAAAGCAUCCUAAUAGUUUUACCUGCCUGAAAACACUGCCAUCAGGCUCAUAUUUUAAAUAGAGAUCUAGCCUACCAAAAAAGGCUGCAUUGCUCAUUUAAACCAUCAAUAUUCCUCACUGACAUGAUCACAGUCUCAGCCUCUGCAGUAUCAAGUAUCAUUUAAAGCUUCGAGAUACCAGUAAAGAUCAACUGAACAAAGGCCAAGAAUAAGAUUUCACAGAUAUAUAACAUGUUGUAAAAUGUAGUAGUCCAAUGUCGCAUGGUAGAAAAAAAAAGUAUUCAUGGUUACCAGCUUCAGCCAGUUCAAUGGUGUAUCUCAUGCUAUGGCACAUCAUUUCCUGGUUCUACAGGAUGAAAACUUUUGGUAUAUUUAAAAGCUAGGUUGAUUUCUAAAAUUGUUUUUUUAAGCGUGAUGAUCCAUUGCUACUUUAUUGGCUGAUUUAUUGCCAAAGCUAUAGUCAACCUGGAAAUCAAUAUAUUUUAUACUGCUUCACUAUAUCACUGUGUGUCAUUGCAUUGCUAUAUUAUACAUUACUGCAAAUUGCAUGUUUCUUUUCUUACCUUGGGCAAGUUAGCACUGCUCUUAUAAAUAAACACAUAUAUAUAGAACAAAAAUGGACUAGCACUGGUACACUGUGAAAAAAGCGCUGGUCCAUUUUAUUUUAUCUUGUAAUUAUUGCAAUUAUAUAGCCAUUUAGACAUAUUAUGAGUUCAGAAUCAUUUACGAGAACUAACAUGCACAAAGUGCAUCUUCCAAGGCAACUGCACACAAUAAUGGGUUUAUUUACUAAACUCCGAAUGCAAAAAUCACGAAAAAAUUUGUGAUUCUUUUUUUAUAAAAUCUUUUUUUUAAAAAAUCUCAAAUUUUUCAGAAUUUAUUAAACCCAGAGGAUGGAAAAGUCUGAAUCUGAAAAUCCGGCAUCUCAGACCUGUCAAGGUUGCAUAUAAAUCAAUGGGAGAAGUCCCAAUGAUUUUUUGAUGGGUUUCAUGCAAUACCCUGAAGUUUUCUGGGUUUUUGGGCAAAAAUCUGAGGUUUCGUGAAAAUUGGAUGAAAAAUCUGAAAAAAUCAUGAAAACCCGCAAAUCAAAAUGUGCUAAAUAAAGAAGUGCAAAAAAACCAGAGCGGACUUGAUCGAAGUUUGUAGCAGAAAAUAUUGAUUUCGGACUUUGAUAAGUAACCCCCUGAUAAUUCAGCCACAUACAUUGGUGCUCCAGGAAGUUCCACAAUACAGAUAAGUAAAUGCUGGUGCACACAGGGAUUUUUUUCUUCAGGAUAUAUCCUUAUUCAAUAGACGUUUCGAUUUUCUGGAUAAAUGGUUUCUGGAUAACGUAUCCCAUACAUACAUCCCAAAUAUAUAUAUACACACACACACAAGCGUGUAUAUCUCUAUAUCGGUGAGGAGUGUCUUUCGUUAGUCUGAAAAAAAAGUGCAAGCCUUUGGGUCUUAACUACAUGAGGCUGAACCUGGGCCUGCAGACAUUUUAUACACUGCUCCAAGAAUAUCCAGAUGUCUGGAAAUGUUUGAAAAGUACAUUACAGUAAUCAUACAAAGUUUCCUUGUAAGGGAAGGGAAAUGUAUAACAAAGACAGAGGUAUUUUGGCCCUUCUACAAUCCCUGCAACAAAAUAUAUGUAUUAUCACCGGUAUAUCUCUAAAGAAAGCAUAUAAUAACAUCUCAGGAUUCAAGUUAAAACCUAGAAAAAUGCCCUUCCCUAUAUCAAUAUCUCUAUAAACAACCAAAAAAUAUCUGUAGAUAACUUUAAAUAUAUAAUGAACACAAAAUUCCCUAAAAGUACUGUAGCUUUUUCAUUUUACUAUAACAUUCUGUAUGUGACAUAGGCAGCGACAAUUGCUUACUCAAUCAGCAUUUGUGUAAACAACAUAAAAAAAUUAAACUUGAAAAACUUUGAACUUAAAAAUGGUGCCCACACAAACUGUGAACUUGUAGCAGAAGAUCAAGUGGGCUUAUGUAUACUGUACUCUGUAUCAGCAUUAAUAGUAAUGUUUAGGAUAUCAGUCUUUGAGUCAGAGUAAUAACACAGGCAGCAACCAUGAAAACAGCAAUGAAGAGACUCUCUGCCAUGCCCCAUCUCACUCACAUACAUUUUUUGUUCUUUUGGUAACAAUUCAGUGUCAUAGGAUAAUUCAUAAAAUUACAUUUCUUUUGCAAUCUUGUGCAUGAAAAAAAAUUCCAAAAUUUUCUACCCAUGUAAUCGUUUUGUGAUAUUUCAAGUAUGUACUUUUAAUCGCUAGAUCUUCCUAUUCACAUUACGGAGUAAUAGUAAUAAUAUUUAAAUGUUUAAACAUUUCGGCUUCUAAUGUAACUUUUUCAUAUAAGAAUGGGGAUGUUCCAUAUCCAUAAUAUAUGGAUUUGGCUAAAUAUCCUUUACUACACAAAGGGGGUUAUUUACUAAGCUCCGUAUACCCGAAUUUCCCCGAAAUCCGAAAAGUUAGUGAUUUUUUGUUAUACUAGGCUUUUAAAAAAAAAUCACAAAUUUUUCGGAAUUUAUUAAACCCUGAGGGCUAAAAAGGCCGAAUAUAAAACCAUGGCAUCUCAAACCUGUUGAGGUUGCAUAAAAGUCAAUGGGAACAGUCCCAUUGAUUUUUGGUUGUGUCAGGGGUUUCGGGCAAUUUCACUAUGUUUUCGGAGGUUUUGGGUGAAAACUACGAAAAAUUCUGAGUUUUUAGUGAAAAUUCAUGAAAAAAAGGUGAUAAUCUGAGCUUUUCCCACAAAGGUAAUUUCGGGAAAAUGUAAUAAUAAAUAAGCAUUAAAAACCCGAGCAGCUUAAAUCGGAGUUUGUAGCAGCCGAUAUGGAGAUAAAUUUGGACCUUGAUAAAUAACCCCCAAAGGAUUCCGACAAAUUCUGAGCCAAAUUUGAUUUAUUACAUUGUAGCGUAUGCAAAUUGAUAAAGUCACAUGAUAUCAAAAGGUUCAGAUUUGGCUUGUCUGAAAUCUAAAGGAUAAUAAAUCCAAAUCUUGGAAAGCAUGAUGGAAUUUGGCUGAAUUAAUGGAUUUGAUGGAUCCCUAUAUAUAUAUAUAUAUAUAUAUAUAUAUAUAUAUAUAUAUAUAUAUAUAUAUAUAUAUAUUAUAUAUAUAUAUAUAUAUAUAUAUAUAUAUCUCCAUUUGCAUGUUUUAAUUCAAUUAUUUUUUAAGAGAUUUUAUACAAUAAUAGUUUUGGUUGAACCAAAAGCUGCAGAAAAUUAUGUUUGCAUUUUAUAUUGUUACACAAUUUUGAAAUAAAAAUAUUAAAAUAAAAA